AUGCCCUUCAUUGCAGCUCUGGGGCUCCUGAUGUCUGGGAUCUCUCCUGCUAUGCUCAGCUUUUCCAAUGACACACUAGGAAGGCACAAUGCAGUCCAGAAAGGCCAAGAUACUCGAAAACAACUGGACAGUUUAACAUUGGCCUCCAUCAACACUGACUUUGCCUUCAGCCUCUACAAGGAGCUAGCUUUGAGGAAUCCACAUAAAAAUAUUGUCUUCUUCCCAAUUGGCAUCACAACCGUGCUUUGCUCCUUGUCUCUGGGAGCAAAGGGCAAGAUCCUGGAAGAGAUUCUAGAAGUUCUUAAGUUCAAUCUUAAAGAGACCUCUGAGGCAGACAUCCACCAGGGCUUUGGGCACCUCCUAUAGAGGUUCAGCCAUCCAGAAAACCAUGUACAGGUCAGCACAGGCAGUGCCCUGUUUGUUGAAAAGCACCUGCAGAUCCUGGCAGAGUUCAAGGAGAAGGCAAGGGCUCUGUACCAGGCUGAGGCCUUCACAGCAGAUGUCCAGAAGCCUCGAGAGGCCACAAAGCUCAUCAAUGACUAUGUGAGCAAUCAGACCCAGGGGAAGAUCAAGGAACUGGUCUCAGACCUGGAAGAGAGGACAUCCAUGGUGCUGGUGAAUUACCUCCUCUUUAGAGGCAAAUGGAAGGUGCCCUUUGACCCUGAUGACACAUACAUGGGAAAAUUCAUAGUGGACAGAAGGAGGACUGUGAAAGUGCAGAUGAUGAAAAUAGAGAACCUGAGGACACCCUACUUUCGGGAUGAGGAGCUGAAAUGCACUGUGGUGGAGCUGAACUACGAAGGCAAUGGCAAGGCCAUGUUCAUCCUCCCUGACCAGGGCAGGAUGCAGCAGGUGGAAGCCAGCUUGCAACCAGAGACCCUGAGGAAGUGGAGGAAAUCACUGAGGCCCAGGAUGAUAGAUGGGCUUUGCCUACCCAAGUUCUCCAUAUCCAGAAACUACAGACUGGAGGAUAUCCUUCCAGAGCUGGGUAUCAGGGAAGUCUUCUCCACACAGGCUGACCUGUCUGGGAUCACUGGAGCCAAGGAUAUAAGUGUCUCUCAGGUGGUCCACAAGGCUGUGUUAGACAUGGCUGAGACAGACACAGAAGCAGCUGCUGCCACAAGAUUCAAAAGUGUCCCACUGUCUGCAAAAUUUGACAUUGUGAAUGUGAACUUCAAUAGGCCAUUCAAUAUUAUUGUCCUGUCUUUAGAUCCUCAGAUUCUCUUCAUGUUAGUGAAAGUCUUGAAUCCCAAGGGAGAUUCAAGAGUCUUUGCAGAUUGUAUCCUCUGGUGA